UUUUCCUUGUUUCUUGUUUUUACAUUCUCUUCUCUGUCAACCAUAAAAAAAAUAUAUCAAAUAUCAAUACCCCCUUACUGUAUGUGUAUCUACCCACCAACCGCAUUCACUUCACUUGUUGAUGAUUGAUUCCGUAUAAAAGCAUAUCAUCUUCUUUAUCACAAGAAAGAAAGUCCAGGCCAGGCCUGGUUUUUUGAUAUGGGUAUUAUGAAGUCGCCUGAAGUCGUGGCUGAAGUAGGAAAGGAAGAGCCACUCCCAGUGGCAGCAGCAGAGAGCAGCAAGAAGCUUGGCAUGUACUUUGUUGAGUCGGACAACAGGCGUUCCCCUUUCGCCGGAGGCUACACCACCCUUGGCACUUCCCCGGUCAAUAUCCAUGGCAAGCCCAUCCCUGAUCUCUCCAAAACCGGAGGCUGGCUUGCUGCCUUUUUCAUCUUCGGGAAUGAGAUGGCAGAAAGAAUGGCUUAUUUUGGGCUUUCGGUUAACAUGGUAGCCUUUAUGUUCUAUGUCAUGCAUCUCCCCUUCACCACUUCAGCAAAUGCUAUCAACAACUUCUUGGGAAUAUCCCAGGCUUCCUCUCUUAUUGGUGGUUUUCUAGCUGAUGCUUAUCUUGGUCGAUAUUGGACUAUUGCCAUUUUCACUACCCUCUAUCUUCUGGGUUUGUCAGGAAUAACGUUAUGCGCCACCUUGAAUGUGCUGGCGCCGAAUCAAGAUGACUGCAACCAGCUUUCCCUGUUAUUAGGCAACUGUGAACCUGCAAAACCAUGGCAGAUGUCCUAUCUCUAUACAGUUCUCUAUCUGACUGGGUUUGGAGCAGCUGGCAUCAGGCCUUGUGUGUCCUCUUUUGGAGCGGAUCAGUUCGAUGAGCGCAGUAGAGACUACAAUACCAACCUGGAUAGGUUCUUCAACUUCUUCUACCUCUUUGUAACUCUAGGGGCCAUUGUCGCAUUUACUGCUGUAGUCUACAUUCAGAUGCAGCUCGGGUGGGGCUUUGCCUUUGGUGCUCUCGCUGUAGCCAUGGCCAUCUCCAACCUCGUCUUCUUUCUUGGUACUCCCUUAUACAGACACAGGUUACCUGGAGGAAGCCCUCUCACACGUGUUGCUCAAGUCCUCGUUGCUGCUUUCCGCAAACGUAAAGCAUCCUUUGAUAGCAGUGAAUAUGUUGGUCUGUAUGAGCUUGAGGGUAAUAGGUGUGCUAUUAAAGGCAGUGCUAAAUUACCUCAUACAGAUGAUUUUAGAUUUUUGGACAAAGCGGCCCUGAGACUCGACACAAAUACGAGUCCGUGGCACCUCUGCACUGUAACUCAAGUGGAAGAAGUUAAAAUCUUGUUGAAGCUGAUUCCUAUUCCAACAUGUACCAUAAUGCUAAGUGUCGUCUUAACAGAGUAUCUGACGCUUUCGGUACAGCAGGCAUACACACUCAACACUCAUAUUGGGCGCCUCAAGCUUCCAGUAACGUGCAUGCCUGUUUUUCCGGGCCUCAGCAUAUUUCUUCUCUUGUCUCUCUACUACACGGUGUUUGUCCCUAUAUCAAGACGCAUCACGCAUCAUCCACGUGGGGCCUCUCAGCUUCAGAGGGUUGGCCUGGGGCUUGCCAUUUCAAUCCUAUCUGUGGGGUGGGCCGGGGUUUUUGAGAGAUACAGAAGGAAUUAUGCGAUAAGACAAGGGUAUGAGGUGAGUUUUCUGAGUCCGAUGCCUGGUCUCAGCGCUUACUGGUUGCUGAUCCAGUACUGUCUCAUUGGGUUGGCUGAGGUGUUUUGCAUUGUAGGCUUGUUGGAAUUUCUGUAUGAGGAGGCCCCAGAUGCCAUGAAAAGUAUAGGUUCGGCUUAUGCUGCUGUAGCUGGUGGCUUGGGCUGCUUUGUUGCCACUAUCUUGAACAACAUUGUCACCUCCAUAACCGGGAAUGAAGAGAAAAGACGAAAUUCUUGGCUGUCCCAGAACAUAAACACGGGAAGAUUCGAUUACUUCUAUUGGCUUCUUACGGUUCUCAGUGUUAUCAAUUUCUGUGUGUUUCUAUAUGCAGCACGCAGGUACAAGUACAGGCAUGGAGAUUCCACACAAUUAAGUAGCAAGUAAAAUUAAUACAUUUCAGAAAUAUGAGAGAGAGAACACAGAUCAAUUUGUAUAUUAUGCGAUGGAUGGAUUUUGAUCAAGUUAGACAUCACCCUCAUUUUCAUAUGUAUGUGUCUAUUAUAUGAAGACUUGCAUCUCCUCAGAAGAAGAAAUAUGAUGUGUAAUCCAAUGUUGGUUUUUUAUAACCAAAUAAAAUAAACCAAAUUUCAGUAUA